AACAGGAACCAGUUGUAGAUCUAACACUGAUUAGAGCUGAACAAAGCAAAUACAUGCUUUCACAAAAUAACAUGGAAGGAAUGGGUUAAAGGAUCUCUGUCCAUUAUGCUCAGAUGGGAGAUCAUCAUCCAUAGCUACGUCAUAUUUUUCAGCAGACAGGAACAUCUGUACAUAACACUGGGCUUGCGCUACUUUCUUGGGACUUCUUGGGAACUUGUAUUGUUUUGAGGUUUGCAGCCAACAUGCUGACUUUUCUCAUAAGGAAAGUGCCCAUGCCCACUCUUCUGAACCCCAAACUCUACUACCUCCUCCUAAAUCUCUCUUUUUGUGCAACAGCUUGGCCACGUGAGGACGACUGCCCCAGCUCUCAGUGGAGUGUCAUGUGUCGUCCAUGUUGUGAGUACCAACUGAUCCAGUGCCGCUGUCCCUCAAAAGGCUCCAGGGUAGGCUACACCGUUCCCUGCUGCCGCAAUGCUCUUGAUCAGUGUGACCCCUGUAUCAUUCACCCAGGCUGCAGUCUGUUUGAGAACUGCAAAACGUGCCACAAUGGAACAUGGAAAGCCAAUGACGACUUCUUUGUCAAUGGAAAGUAUUGUACAGAGUGUCGCCAAGGCUGGAGUGGUGGGGACUGUAAAACAUGCGGAGGCGUCAUUCAGAGGACUCAGGGUCACAUAGCCCUGGAGAGUUACCCAACAAACGCCCGAUGUGAGUGGACAGUGCAAGUGGAGAGGGGUAGGAAGAUCGAGCUGAGGUUUUCAGUGCUCAGUCUAGAGUCUGACCAUAACUGUCGUUAUGACUAUGUCGAGGUGCGUGACGGCGACGGUCUGAGCUCCCCUGUGAUUGGGCGGUUUUGUGGGGAUCAGCUGCCUCCUCCAAUAAAAAGCUCUGGGAACCUGUUGCACAUCCUGUUCACCUCAGAUGGCUACAACAACUUUGAUGGAUUUGUUCUUACCUAUCAGGAGAGUUCAGCCAUCAAGAAUCCAAGGUGUGCACCCCCAGGAGAACCGGUGAAUGGAUAUUUGCAGCCUGUACGUGGCCCAGAGGGGGAGCUUGUUUCUGUAAACUACCGGUGCCAUCCACCUUUCACACUGAUCGGCUCCCAGCAGAGGAUGUGUCUGACUAAUGGCACAUGGAGUGGUACAGUACCCACAUGUGUGAAAGAUUCUCAUAUAGGCCAGACAAGCAGAGUCCGGUGUCCCCCUCCACCCAAACUGCUUAAUGGUUACCACAGACCUGCUUCUAACACAGCUGGUGGUGCAAAGACCAUUGAGUUUUUCUGCAAGAAGUCCUACAUUCUGAGUGGAAACCACUUGAAUACCUGCUUCACUAAUGGAUCCUGGAGUAGCAGGCCACCCAAGUGUGUGAGAGCAUGUCGGGAGCCCAGAGUGUCUGACCUUGUGCGACAAAAUGUUGUGAAGCCACACCUGAUAUCAAGAGAGAACCCAAGACUCUCCUCCAGGUUCAACAUGCACGAUUUGCUGUCGGCUGGUUUCAUCCCACUUAAGUUGGACAAACAGUCAAAAAAAGAUGAGGAGGAGGACUCCUCCGCGGAGCUUCCACGUGGCUUUCACCAAGUCUACACGAGCAUCGAGUACAAAUGUGCCUCGGCGCUCUACCACAACACAGGAAGCUCCCGCCGCACCUGUAUGAAGAGCGGCAGAUGGAGUGGACGCCAUGUUUCCUGCUCACCAGUUUGUGGCAAACUGGAUACCUUCAGCCUACACAACCUCACAGACACUCAGUGGCCGUGGCACGCAGCCAUUUAUAUCCGCUCGCCUCCUGAUCACACUGCCAGCACCCACGGGCCACAUGGAGCAACCUUGUCUAUCCAGCAGGGGGCCUCAGAGGAGUCCACAUUCUGGUACCUGGCCUGCAGCGGCGCUCUGCUCACCCAGCGUAGCGUCCUGGUGGCAGCUCAGUGUGUGGUGGACAAGGACAAGCAGCAGACCCUUCACCCAGCACAAGUGAAGGUUGUCAUAGGCGUGCAGACAUCCACGGAUCGGUUGAAAAGCCUGCACCACCUCAGGGUUUCAGACAUUUCAGUCCAUCCAAAUUUCUACUCUGCUCCAGACUCCGACGUGGCUGUGCUCAAGCUGAAAGACAAGGCCAAGAUUAGCGAGCGUGCAUUGCCGGCGUGUCUACCCAAAGUGCAAGGAGGAGAGGUGACAGCACAGGAGGCUUACACCGCCAGGUGGAUUUUACCAAACGAUUACAGGCACCCGAACCGCCACACUCCCCUGAGCCAGACCAAACUUGUUCAGCUGGGUGAUGCCGCGCAAUGUGAAAGAGAAUUUGCUCAAGGAGGAGCACGUACGCCGGUGAUCAGUGACAAUACACUGUGUGUCAUUAGGAAACCAUCCAGCCUCCAAAGCCCUUGUCUCAGUGUUGUUCCAGGCAUCACAGCCGUGCCAGCUGUGUUUUCAUCCACAAGUGGUGUCUUGUCGGGUCACGAAGAGAAUGAGGAAGCCUCCAGGACAAGCUGGCAGCUUCUUGGUUUGGAGAGUUUCAGCUAUAUGGAAAAGAACUGCCACCAACAGACUUACACAGUUCAGACUAGGAUAGCCAACUUUCGAGACUGGAUAGAGAAAAACAUGUAGAUUUUUUUUCUUAAUAUCUCAUGUAAAGCUGAUUUUCAGCGACCUUAAUAGUAAAUAAAUGUCACAGAUGGUGGAAAUGGUGGAGCAGGAGUAUCUGUGUCAAUAUCAUAUGAGGUGAGAGUUGUUUUCCCGGCUCCGUACUGUAUCUUUUAUGUGUGCAUGUUAUUGUUCUGUAUGUGGGCCACCUCCACUUCAAACAACUCAAAGUGAGCUGGCUAUGAUUCACACCCACGUACUCAUGAUCUUUGAGUGUUACAUUAUGUUGUUAGGUGCAUUCAUCAGAAUUCAAGCGAUGAUGAUAAUGACUGCUCUUGAUUAAAUAAAGAAAUCAUCCAGAUGCCAUGUCGAGUCUGUGAUGAUGAACAAACCAA